GCAAGCGCAAAAGCGCACUCAAAACACUUCCUGCAUUGAAUGAGAGGGGCAGUAGUCGAUAAGAAGACUUCAAUAAACUCGAUGGAAAAUGUGAAUAUAAAGCGUUGAAGACAUUGGAAUUUGGACCACAAGAUAGCCUUGAUGCCGGCUAGUUCUACAGCAAAGCAGUUUGCCCCUUUUAUAGCGCGGAAAGAUGUCGUGUUCGCAAGACGGUAUGCAGCGAUUCCUGCAACACAAGAGCUCACUGGAGCCAAGGAACAACCCCCAAGGAGAAAACGGCUUCGCCAAAGAGUUUCAGGAACUGAAGAAUAUAUCAUCCAGACAGAAGCGGGAUAAGGCUUUUUCCACAAACCAUGGUGAAAAAGAAUACAACCGGACCAAAAAUAGAUACAAAGAUAUCCUACCAUAUGACUACUCUAGAAUCGUUCUACCUGAGAUUAAGGGGGUUGGUGGUUCAGAUUACAUCAAUGGCAACUAUAUAAAGGGGCCCACCAAAAAUAUAAUGUACCUAGCGGCUCAGGGUCCAUUGCCCAAGACAGUUGAUGAUUUCUGGAGGAUGAUUAUCUCUCAUAACAUCCAGGUUGUGGUGAUGGCUUGCAGGGAGUAUGAGCUAGGCAAGCUAAAAUGCAAACGAUAUUGGCCAGAGAGUAUGGAGGAAACUCUUACAUUUGCUGGGAUGAAAAUUUCUCUGGAAUCUGAAGAAGCAAUGGGUGAUGGGUUUACUGUCAGAACGUUAGCUGUACAGGCUGGGAAGACCAAGCACAAUGUUACCCAGUUCCAUUACACUGCGUGGCCUGAUCAUGAUGUCCCCCGCUCAGCCACCCCUCUCAUUGAACUUACAAGAUCUUUCCGCACCUUUGUUGGGAGUCAAGAUACCCCAGUGCUGGUUCAUUGCAGUGCUGGGUGUGGCAGGACUGGCACCAUAUGUGCCUUGGAUUAUGCGAGAACUUUAUUGCAGACAGGACGAACAGAGGAGCUAAGUGUGUUUGACAUUGUGGCUAAUCUAAGGCGGCAGAGAGUAGCUAUGGUGCAGACAAAGGAGCAGUAUACACUCGUUUACAAAGCUGUCGAAGAACUAGUGAACGAGGAGCUUAGGAAGCAAAAUCAUCUUUAUGUUAAUGUGAGCGUUGGCGAUCAGCAAGGAGGCGAGGAACAGAAUUACGAAAAUGUUGCAUUCAUUCGUAGCAUCCAAAGACUACAUCUUGAGGAGAAAAAAGCGUCUCGUCCUCCCGAAAAUCGCCCUAUACCCACACCUCCUAGGGAAACGACUUCAAAAACCCAAGAGCCUAAAAACGUAAUGGAAUUACCGCCUAAAACCAAAGCUAAACCUUCAGUUGCCCCAAAGAAAGUAAACGGGGAAGUAAAAUCACAGGAAGUUGGUAGAAAUACGUGCACCACUCUGGAUAAUAAUGGUGCCUCCAGAAAGCCCCCCUUGGCUCAAAGACCUCCACAGGAGUAUGUUAAUGUUACACUGAAGGAGGAAAAGACUCUUCCAAUACCUGCUAAACCGGCUAAACCUGCUCCUGCUGCUAAACCAGUGGCAUUCGCUCGAGCAAUGUCAAAUCAAAGCAGCACCGUGCCAUUCAAGCCAGGCCAUCGGAAGGCGCUGAGCGACCCCGACUACGUUAUACUACCCACUAAGCUAACAGAAAGGAAUGACUCUGAUUAUGUGGUUCCUCCUAUAGCAAGUGGUCACGUGGCUCAGCAGACAGUCCCUGAAGGCCUUCUAAUUGACUUAAGUGAUGAGCCAUCCUCCAGAAGCAAUUUAUCCCCUAGACCAGUGCUUGGCAGUUAUGAAAACGUAACAGUUCCUAGAAAUGUCCCAGAGGUUGCGCCUCAACCAAAGCGUGGCACAGCAACUGAUUCAGAAAACCCAGCUAUGCCAACCAGUACAUCCUUAGAGAGAAUGUCACCGUGUUUACUUGAAGGCAUACAAAUAAAGAAACCGCAGCCUUUUACUCCAGCCGUCGUCCAACGAAGAACAAGUAGCACAGAUGUAUCGGCGGGUAAACCCAAUAUACCCAGCCAAUAUAGCCUUAUUGGUGCUUUUGAGACACCCCCACAAACAAUUCCCCACAAAAUGGAAGAGCAGGUUACCCGGCGUGUAUCCCCAGGGGUAGACUCUGCAUCAGAGAGUACAGGAAAAGGGAGCGCACAAUGUGAUACCGAAAGACCAGUUGCACCCCCACGCCGCGUCAGUGAUGUGUCCAAGAAAAAGGACAUUGUAAGCGGGGCUCCUGGAAAAAUGGCAUUUGCUGGCUCGUACGAUUUGGUGUCUUUUCCAGGGGACAAUGAUAGAACCAGCGAGACAGCUUACUCCAAAACAAACCAAGGUUUUGUAAACGCUGUAGACAAGUCUAGGAGCUCUCCGAACCUCGCUGACGCGAUAGUUAUCAAUACGUCGGUGCAUAGUAACUCUAAACGGCCGUUAGAGAGACAAAAUAGUCUAGAGUCCGAUGCCACGGAUUAUGGCUUGGCUGUGGUAACUCGAAGGAAAUCUGAGGAAAUGCUAAGCAGUAGGGGCCGAGCGCCGGUAUAUUCGUCUCCUGAGGACGAUGGCAAAAAGGGGAAUGUUCCUUUUCACUCAUCACCCGAGAAUUGCGGCAAGGCCAACGUACCUAUUUACUCCUCGGCUGAGAAUGACGGCCCGAGCAUACAAAAGCCUGCAGUCCUAAAGAGAAGUACCAGUGAGCGCCUCAUCACCAUUCCGAGCAAACCUGUUUGUGAGGAGGAUAUACCAAACACCUUGUACGCGACUGUUGGGUUAAAAUCACGUGACAAAAAGCGGGCCCCGCUCUCUCCAGAUCUGUGGGAUAGUGCUAGUUCAGCUCCACCUUUACCCUCUGAUCGCCGGGCUAUUAAGACACAAGGGUCGUCAAGCAGCCUUAAGAGUACAUCAUCUGCAUCUAGUGAGGACCAAGAUUUACCACCGCCAGUUCCAGCCAAGACUGCUGGCGCAUUCCUAGUAGCAGGAGAAGAUGAUGCCUAUGACAAUGUCGAGAGCCGUGCCGGUACUUUGGAUCGGUUCAAGUCUAAAGCCAAGAACAUUGCUAUAGCAGGAGCUGCUCAGCUUUCCCAUUUAUCAGUGCAUAGACGAUCGUCAUCUCCUGUUCACAACACAGGUUCUGACUCGCCAAAUGAAGGGCUGACAGUCUUACAAAACGAUUUCGGAUACGGGGAACGCCCCAGUAAACCUGGUGGACCAAGACCUCGUCCAAGCCACUGGCCCAAUUUCCCUUCCCUCGAUGUCAUGUGACGUUAUGUGACAGUUUGCUAGCAAUCAUAGGCUGUCAGGUAACCUAGAAAACGGUAAGUCGAGGACUGCGUAGGACAAUAAAGAGGUGUUGUAUAUGCGCCGUAAACUAGUUGGUAUAUUAUUAGGGUAACUAUCAAAACUUAUUAAUCAAUGUAUAAACGCCAGUAGCAAUAGUAACAUAAUUAUUGUCAAGGUUAUCUCUGAUGAUUAAGGAACUUGCUACGGCUUGGUGAACGGUAGAAUAAGGACUCCGUUGCGCGUGUUUUAUUUACAGUAUUAACACCUGCCCUACGCGGCACUCUACGCGGUGCGCAACAAGCUCGCGCAAGAUGGACUUUAUUCUUUUUUGCUUGGCAAAGAAUUAUCAUAAAAUCACGGCCAGUCAGUCAGGACCACCGGAAAUAUUAUUGCUUCCUCCCUGAUAAAGCGAUUCUGUAGCCAAAAGAUUUUCAUAGGUUUUUUGUGGGCGUCUAGAAUCUGCUUCUAGAGCGCUGUCUCGAUGCACUCCAGGGGACUCAGUUGUAUAAUCAGACAAAGCCCACUUGCGCUUGAGAUAAAGUGUGAAUAAGUAAAAGGUUGCCGAAACGGACAAAGCGACUCUUCCACUAUAUUAAACGCCCCUGGAAUUUUUGAUAAGUUCUAAAUUUAAAUACCUGAAUAGAGCCCAAUAUGAUAUGGUUUUGUGAGGUUCAUGUUUUUUUUUUUUUUAAGUUCGUGGCUUCCUUAUGAAUGCUGUCCUCUUAUAUCGGCGUUAGUCCAUGUAUUAUCGAGAGCAAUACAAAUAGGAUAGAGGAUGAACAGAGCUAACAUUAUUAUAGAAACAUAUUAUAGAAAGACGGGUACAAGUGUAAUAAAUUUUGUUAUUUUUUAAAAAACAGAUGUAAUUGAGACGUAGAGGUGUAUCAAAAUGUUUUUUCAAACCAAAUUUGUAUGAAAUAAAAUGAAAUAAAUUCUUUUCAGACCAA